AUGAGAAUUUUGUUUGUGCUCGUGCUGUUGGUUGCUGCUGCGGCUGCACUGCCUUAUUUCGGUGGUGGGUUCCGUCGUCGUGGUUUCGGUGGAUUCGGUGGAUACGGUGGCGGCUAUCGCAAGGGUGGUGGUGGACGUGGUUUCCGUGGUGGCGGCUCAGCCGCAGCUUCGGCCUCAUCCAGUGCAUCGGCAGGAUUCGGCGGUGCUGCCUCGGCUUCUGCAUCAGCAUCGGCUUCGGCUGCAUUCGGUGGACGUUUCCGCGGCUGA